GAUUGGUUUAUCUACAACUCUCUUGUGUAUAGAAAUAUUAGUUAAAGAUUAUUUAGAAAUUCGUUGAAAUGUGUUAUCUUUUUUUGUCUUUAUGAUAAUAACGUCUGUCUUGUUGUACAGCAUUGUUCUAAAUAGUUCAUAAUUCGUGCAUUUUCUGUCCGAGUGAGUACUAUGAUUGAUUUUAUCGCAUUAGUACUGAAAGCGUAAAGUCAGUUUUUGUUACACAAUGAGUAAUUUUCCUUCAAUAAACGUGGCAGUGAUCGAACUGCCUGACGGCAGUAUUCAAGAAAGUGAUGUAGAGGCCAAUGAAUAUAAAGUAAAGCUACAAAAGACAUAUAGCCUCCGUGGCAGCUUUUCUUUACAUCAUCAUUACAGGAAUGAUGGCUACUUACUCUGCUCCUGCUACUGUAGAUAUGCAGAAGCAAGGAAGUAGAUUCAUACAUGUGACUGAGGACGAAAUUUCCUGGAUUGCCAGCCUGCCAUCCUUAACUGCAGCUGCUGGAAAUAUUCUUUCCGGUUAUGCUUCGCAGAAGUUAGGACGUAAGGCCGUAUUGAUGUAUGUGUCUACCGUAUACCUGACUGGUUGGUUAAUGAUUACCUAUGCUUCUUCCGUUGAAUGGAUUUAUGCUGGGAGAGCUCUCACUGGUUUCUGCUCUGGUGUGUGUAAUGUUGCCGUUCCAGUAUACGUGCUUGAAAUUGCUACGACGCAAACGCGAGGACUUUUAACAUCGGGAUUUACGAUAGCAGCUGGUUUGGGUAUCUUAAUCACAAUGGGACUGGGCGCUGUUCUCAGGUGGUCUUGGUUAGCCGUGUCAGCUGCUGUAAUCAUUACAUGUGCUGUAUGUCUCAUGUAUUUCGUUCCAGAAUCUCCAGCUUGGUUGGUAAGUCAAUCCAGAAGUCUCGCUGCUGAGAAGGCAUUGAAGAAGUUAAGAGGGAAGAAAUCUGAUUACAAGACAGAAUUACGAGAGAUUUCUGAAAGCCAAGCAGAGCAGUCCGACGGCAGUAUACGCCUGCAGGAUAUUUGUGAUCCAGCUUUCUACAAACCCUUAGCAAUAGCUGUAACUUUAAUGUUCUUUCAGAUGUUUUGCGGUUUGAAUGUAUUUCUGACGUAUACCGUGGAAAUCUUCGAAAGCUCUGGAAGUCUUAUAAGCCCUUCUUUGGGUUCCGUAAUAUUCGCAGUUGUGUUUGUUCUUUCAUCAGGUGUCAGUAGCAUACUGAUGGAUAGAGCUGGGCGGAGGAAGCUGUACAUAACUUCUGGAGGCUGCAUGAUUUUGUCCCUAACAGUGCUUGGUGUUUUCAGUCUUCUGGCCGCUGAACAUAAAAUAAAUACAACUUCGCUUGGUUGGAUUCCAGAUGUGUGUUUUAUUUCUUAUAUAGCAUCUUAUUCUAUGGGAUUUGGACCCGUUCCUUAUGUUAUGAUACCAGAACUAGUUCCUCUUCAUAGUAGAAGUACGGUGAUGGCCGUUUCAUGCAUUGUCGGUGCCAUCUGUGCUUUUGCGACAUCAAAAUUAUAUUACUCUAUGAAAUCUGUUUUAGGUAUUUAUGGAGUUUAUUGGACGUAUGCAUCAUUUUCGUUUUUAGGUUGCGUAUUUUGUUACUUUUUCAUGCCAGAGACAAAAGGAAAACCUCUUAAUGAAAUAAAUCUGUCUUUUGCUGCUUCUAGUGAUGUAUCUUUAUCCAAAUAAAACCGUCUUCCUUUUUUUAUA